AUGGCUUGGGAUCAACUGGACAUCACCAAGCCGCACUUGGUGUACAUCAUUCUCGGCGGCUUUACCUCGCUGUUCAUGCUCUGCUCUUCCUUCAUCAAAGAGCGCAUGUACAUUGGCGAAGCCACCGUUGCUACACUGUGCGGCGUUAUAUUCGGACCUCAUGUUGCCAACCUUAUCGACCCCAAUUCUUGGGGUAACACCGACAUCGUCACCGUCGAGUUCUCUCGCAUUGUCCUCGUCGUCCAGUGCUUCGCCGUCGGUGUCGAAUUGCCCAAAUUUUACAUGGAGAAGCACUGGAAAUCCGUCAUCUUUCUCCUAGUCCCAGUCAUGACCGUGGGCUGGCUUCUCACCAGCCUGUUUGUUUGGUGGAUGGUUCCCGCUCUGAGCUGGCUUGACUCUCUCGUUGUCGCGGCAUGCGUCACGGCCACUGACCCCGUUCUAGCCUCAUCCGUUGUUGGCAAGGGCAAAUUCGCGAAACGAGUCCCGAAGCAUCUGCGAGAUCUCCUGUCUGCUGAGUCCGGGUGCAACGACGGCAUGGCAUUCCCCUUCAUUUACCUGUCUCUCUAUCUCAUUCAGUACAACAGAGACGCCGGAGAAGUCAGCUUUCACUUCGUCGUCUACGUCGUUCUAUACGAGUGCAUCUUCGGCGCUGUUUAUGGCUUCCUUAUCGGCUACAUCGCUCGUCACGGCAUCAAGUUCGCCGAAUCCCGCGAUUUGAUCGACCGUGAAAGCUUUCUCGUCUUCUAUUUUGUCGUCGCCCUAUUCUGCGCCGGCUCAGGCAGCAUUCUCGGUGUGGACGAUCUCUUGGUUGGCUUCGCGGCCGGUGUCGGCUUUUCCAACGAUGGAUGGUUUGGCGAAAAGACGGAGGAGUCCCAUGUGUCCAACGUUAUUGACUUGCUACUCAAUUUGACCUAUUUUGUCUACUUCGGCACCAUUAUUCCUUGGGAACAAUACAACGACGGUGCGUUCGGUCUGGUGGCGUGGCGUCUCGUUGUCAUUGCCAUCUUCGUACUCCUGUUCCGUCGCUUGCCCAUCAUGAUGGCACUCAAACCAUUUAUUCCCGACGUCAAAAACUGGCGAGAGGCACUCUUUGCAGGACAUUUUGGUCCCAUAGGUGUCGGUGCAAUCUUCAUCGCGAUUCUCGCACGGGCAGAAUUGGAGCAUGAGGAGCCGGUGCCUUUGGGACAAUUACCUCCGCCGGAUUCGCCCCAUUUUUCUCUCAUUUACCUUGUAUGGCCCAUUGUGACGUUUCUUGUCAUAUCGUCUAUUCUCAUCCACGGGUCGUCAAUAGCCGUCUUCACCCUUGGAAAACGCAUCAACACCUUGACGCUAACCAUGUCAUACACUGCGGCCCCGGAAGACGGCCCUUCAUGGAUGAACAGGCUGCCCAGAAUAUCAUCUCAGUCUCGAUCCAUGGCCAAGACCAUGUCGGAGACGUCGCUUGAUGAUCUUAAAGAUCCGGACUUCCCGCCUGGCACUCUCGCUCCACCAACAGGAUUCUUGCGUCGACAGAGAGACGAGGAGGGACACAGUCGUUCGGGGAGUCGUGCUUCCUCGCUUGUGUCCAGGAAACGAAAACACAAAAAGUGGGAUGACGGAAUUGGACCUGGAGGACCGAUCAGCCAGUCGGCCAUUUUUCCCAACAGACCUAUGCAAACUGAGGCAUCAGAGAAGGAGUCUUCCUCGCCAACGCAAGAAACGACCGACUCCACGAUUAUCGCUGACGAAUCACGCACAGAGAAACACGGUGAAACAGAUGACCAUGCCGAAAGUCGCCGUGAUCACUCCCCUCAAGUUAAUGUGUACAACGAGGGCAGGCAUCUUGUGUUUGAAAACGAAGAUGGCGAAGUUCUCGACGUGCAGUCCAGUUCGCAAGAGGAAAAAGAGCAAGAUCCCCAGACGAAGAAAGAAGGCCAACCUGUCGGUCUUCAACCGGAGGGCGAAUCGUCGCCCAGCUGGCGACGUGGAGGUUGGCGUCGUAAGAUGAACGAAUAUUACACGUCGGAAAUGGCGAAGCGCAAGGACAAGGGCAAGAGCGAACGUCAACAUGAACCAGCCCGUGCCUACCAAUUCGGAAACACGAUCAUCGUUGAAGACGAAGACGGCGAAGUCGUCAAGACAUACGAAUUGCCCUCGUCCAAGCCUGACGGCCAGGAGAGCGAUCUGAUUGGUGCGAGCCUCAAGUAUCUCGGGCUGGGUGCUCGCGCCCGCCAAAGCGAAAAGAAUACUGUGGCAGCGGCGGAAGAGGGCAAGGCUGGCGUCGAAUCAUCAGGCAAGCCGCAGUCCAAGUCUGGCUGGGCUGGCUUCGGUCAACGCGGUGACGGGGGAAAGCGCAAGAGCGUCGCCCAGCAGCAGGAUGACGACGACGAUAAGAAAAUUAGAUUCACCAUUGGCGGUGUCGGUAGGCGCAUGACCAAGGAGGACUUUAUUCGAGAAGUCCAGAAGCUGGACACGGGCACUCGCAACGAAGUUGUCGACCACUCUACUGCUUCAAACGCCCUCAAAUCUAUUGCCAGGCAAGACGCGACUGUGAAACCCGCAGUUGCUCGGCCACACCGUCCGGUCCCGGCAAUUCGGGAACACGACAGUGAGAGUGGCAGCGGCGGCAGCAGCAGCAGCAACGGGGAAAGCAGUCGGCUUGCAGAAAAACGCUCGGUAUCCGCCUCGCCGACUCGAAAGCAGCCUCUGGUCGCUGAGCCCCCUCGCGGUCGACGGGGCCAUGUGUCGGAGGAAAAAGGCGAGACUGGUGUUGAGCGCAGACGCCGGCUGGCAGCCCUCGCCAGCCAGGUUGAAGACGACGACAAAGAAAAUGACGACACUGGCGAAACGCCAGCGGAAAGACGCCGACGCCAAGCGGCGUUGGGAAUGGGCGGUCCUGCGGCCCAAGAAGACAGCGACUCUGAGGACGAGGGAACGGAGAGAGUUCCUCCCGCGAGGAGGGGCAUUCGAUUUGCAGAGCCUCAGAGAAAGGGCUCAUAG